CCCAGAGCUCGAGGAGAGAGUGCAGCUCCGUCAUCCUCUUUGCAGAGAGACAGAGAGGAGGAGGGAGGCAGAGGGAGGAGUGAAGCCAGUGACUGAGCGAAUGAGAGUCGGGCAGAGCGGAGCGGCACAACAAUAGUGGGCUGCUCUUCUGGCUGUGGACUCACAGAGACAGAGAGAGCGCUCAGAGGAACACACAGACGCUCUGUAAACCAGCUGCAGGCAGAUUACAGCUGGCGUUUACAUACAGGCAUUACAGGCUACUCACUUUUGUUUUUCCCCUCGCUGUCUCUGUGGCGACCAUUCUUCGCGAAACCGCAGAAUUACCAAAUAUUGACGCAGGAGCAUUGUAGGAAUUUUUGUGGUCAUUGCAUGGCAUUUUGGCCAUAUGUUGACUUGAGGAACGUGGCUACAGACAUUUUGGACUAGUUUUUCUUGUACUGUGUCCAUUUCUCUGAGGGUCACUACUUGGACACUGGAACAGCCGACUCGACCAGAGUGGACUUUUGUGGACUUGGGGUUUUUUUUUGUACACUCGGACUGAGGGAUCACCUCGAUCAGCCCUCGAAGGAGAACAGUUCUGUUUGUUUGUUCUGACAUUUUUUUGUGUGGCGAAGGGGUCGCUCCAUCCCUGAAGGAAGGAGCAGCAGAACAUUUGUUGUGUGUGUGUGUGUGUCUGCGUGAGACAGAGUGUGUUCUGGGGGAUGCCUCUGGAUGUGGUGAUUGCCCCAGCGGAGGACUGUUUUUGGCCGGACCUGCAGGACACAGACAUGAGGCUGAAGAUCAGGGUCCGCCGGAUGAAGGAGGGGAGAGAGCUUCGAGGAGGCUUUGCAGCUUUCUCCUCCUGCUUCCCCGGCCUGUGCGAAGGGAAGCCUGCCACUGCUCUGCCUAUGAGCUUGUCCCAGCCCUGUCUGCCGGUGGCUAACGUAGGGCCCACUCGCAUCCUGCCACACCUCUACCUGGGAUCACAGAAAGACGUCCUCAACAAGGAUCUGAUGGCUCAGAAUGGGAUCACCUAUGUGCUGAACGCCAGCAACACCUGCCCCAAACCAGACUUCAUCAGCGAGAGCCAUUUCAUGCGCAUCCCAGUAAACGACAACUACUGUGAGAAGUUGCUUCCCUGGCUGGAUAAAACUAACGAAUUCAUAGACAAAGCUAAGGUGUCAAACUGCAGAGUCAUUGUGCACUGCCUGGCUGGAAUCUCACGUUCAGCAACCAUCGCCAUCGCAUACAUCAUGAAGACAAUGGGCUUGUCAUCGGAUGAUGCCUACAGGUUUGUGAAGGACAGAAGACCGUCCAUAUCGCCUAACUUCAACUUCCUGGGUCAGCUGCUGGAGUUUGAGAAGGGCCUGCGAUUACUCCAAGCUUUAACCUCUGACGACAAGAAGUCUGACAACAACACCAAGCAGAGCUCAGAGGUCAAUGGAGUCACCACAGGCUUCGAGAUGAAUGGCCACCACAGCAACUACGACUCAUCUGUUGCUGAGCCACACAUCCCACCAGAACCCAAGCUGCCGUCACCCACAUCCCUCCAGCAAGGCUUCAACGGCCUGCACCUCUCUGCGGAGAGGAUCAUGGACACUAACCGGCUCAAGCGCUCCUUCUCCCUGGACAUUAAGUCUGUCUACUCCCCGAGCAGCCCCCACUGCCCCAGCCUGGUGCCCACACACUCUGAAGACGUCCCCAAGCUGUGCAAGCUUGACAGCCCAGGAACAGGCACCUCCAACGGUGUCUGCUCUCCCGUCCUAGACAGCCCCAGCUCCUCUGAUUCACCUUUCCCCUCACCAGGCAGCGGGGGCAGCAUAGGAGGUUUGGGGCUUGGUGGAGGUGAAGGAGUCCAUCGAUCUGUUUCAUCCUCAUCCAGACCCAGAAGAAAAACCAAGCACAGCUGCGGCAGUUCCCCGGUCCACUCCCAACCGCACCAACCUCCACAGUCCCUCAACUUAUUGUUGGACCGCAAGAGCCCCAGCCUGGAUGAAAACCUGAAGGGCUCCCUGCUGCUCUCACUCCCCUCUGUGCCCACAGUGGGGUCUGGGGCCAUGUGGACCAAACAUAGAGACACUGUCCAGGCCACCACUCCCGUCACUCCAGUCACCCCAACCACAGAUGCUCCCUGGCACUUUGGGGCAGAGGAAGGGGGUGAGGGGGAGAUGGAGCUGGGAGGAGGAAGUGGAGGGGGAGAGGAGUCCUCGGUAAGGUUCGGUAGCAGCUCGGCAUAUGUGGCGUUUGGGUGCAGCGAAGGCGUGCGGUUACGAGAGAAAUCGCAGAGGGAGAAGCCGUCGGCACCACAGACACAGAGAGACCACCGGGACUCGACGUCGUCGUCGUCGGUGACCAUGUCAAGCAGCUCAAACAACAGCGGACCCGCGUCAGAGAAACAGUUCAAACGGCGCAGCUGUCAGAUGGAGUUUGAGGAGGGCAUCUCCGAGACGAGGUCCCGAGAAGAACUGGGCAAGAUCGGAAAGCAGUCAAGCUUCUCUGGGAGCAUGGAGAUCAUCGAGGUAUCCUGACAGAUAAUGGACAUGAUCAGAGCUGUCCCUUGGGGGCAAAAAUGGACCUGCUUAGAGGGAGAAGAGGACUUAUGAGGUGGAGCAGAAGAGAUUUUUUUUGUGCUCCCCUCUCAGACAGUGUUAAAGACUCCAACAAAGAGAAGGACACAUACAAGCUGAGAGUAAAUGUGAAAAGGUUAGCAAGCGAACUAGCUUUCGCACCUGGACAGACAGAGCCUCAGAUGUGGUGCUUAGCAGACCAUACCCAUCCUGAACUCUUGUGAAAAUGUGCAGAAAAGUCUGAGGGAGGGGGAGGCAAAGGGGGAGACUGUAGGUACUGAAACUCUUUAUGUUUAUGAGCUCUGUCACAGAUAAAAAGAAAGAACCCAGGGCAAAUGUCAUGUUGCAUCCUUAAUAUAUAGAAUUCCCCUAUUUUGACAGAGCUCAGACACAAACUGCUUGCCUGUGGUCAAAUGUAGUGUGCUUCAGUGGGUGUAUAGCUUGUGAUUUGAACCAAGCCCCAUUUUUCCUCCCAAAGCUUCACCCCAGUGUCAGAGAGCCUCAGAACCUCGCACGGCUAUGUCUGCACCCUUCCCGCUGGCUCUGCCUGCUACAGACUCUGCAUAACAACAUCAACAACAGUGGUGGACUCCUUAACAGCACCGUCUACUCACAUUACCACAGCACAAGGCAGAGCGAUCCUAAGGACUUGACACAAAGGCGGUACUGCAUCCAAACGAUGAAGGAUCCUCGGCAAUCUGUUGAUGAAAAGACUGUGACGACGGGCAGCGUUUCCCCCCUAAAGCACAGAGUGUCUCUCCUGACUUUGGCUCCCUUGUUUCCAGUGUUAACAGCGUGACGGGACUGAGGUUUAAGGAUGCUGACGGGGGUUCACUUAAUGACCCCUCAGCUCCUUCAUAGACCCCUCCAAGCCCCCCGCCCACUGCUCCCAGUCACCACCUAUGGUCACCACUGAGCAUGCACCUGAGAGGCUGACUACAGACAGACAAAUACUAUAUAUACAAUAUGAAUAUAUAUAGCAAUUUUAAUGGACUUCUGUUCAGUUAUGGUUUUAAUUUAUUGUAUUGGUUCAUUCUGGUAAUGAGAAAUAAUAUAAUGUUUUGUGGAUUUCUUUCUUUUUUUUUUUUUUCUUUUGUUGAAUUAUUAUUAUUAUUAUUAUUUGCUGUAUGGUAUUUAUGAACACACACUCAUACAAAUACACGCAUUCAACAAAUUCAAGCAAGCAAUAUGUGCAGUUCCUUCUUUGGGGAGAGUGAUGUAUGGCUUUGAAAUGCACUUUUCUGCUUUCUGGUAACAGUCCAAUUGCCAUUCACACCUUGGCAAACACGAUACUCCGAAAGCCAUUCGGAGGGCGACACAGACGUCCCACUAAUGAGAUUUUUAAGAGCAGAAUCUCUGUUUUGGCUCAGCUGCAGUGUGAGUUCAUGGAUUUAUCAAAAUUUGAGGGCUCAAGCGUCGACUAAAAAGACUGUUUUGUUUGACUGCGUAUAGAGGAAGACACUUUCUCAUCACUCGUACACAGUGGAACGUUUUCUGCCAGUUUCAUGAGGGCUUGCAUAAAAACAACUAUAUGCAAACAGGCACACAUUCUUUCACUAGUUGGAGAUUUAAAGACUCAAACCAAGUGUCCUCUCCGAGCCAGCGCCAGUUCAUCAUUCAUCAGAGCGUCCCACCAAAGCCGAAACCAACACACACACACACACCCCAUACUGUAUGCACUUACACUUAUCUCGACACAUGUAAAGCAAAGGCCCUACACACACCCUUUUGUUCAUUCUCAGGGGAUCUUUCAGUGAGCCAAGCCCAACACAGGGUACACAGCUGCUGGUACAUCAGCACAAUGCAUGUCCAUAAAGCUCCCUUGCUUUCUCUCUCUGUCAUUUUUAAUUUUUAUUUUUUUUGCUCUUAUUUCUUAUUUUCCAAAGCUUUGAUAAAAACAGCAUAACAAAAUGGAAAUUAAACAAAAAAAAAAGUGAGGAUCUUCACAUCCUGAGGUGAAAGAAUUGAAAAACUUUGCUCUCCUGGUGCGAGACGGUUAUUUAUUUAUGAUGUAAAAUGUGUUUUUUUUUUUUUUCCUUGGACCCUUGAUUAGCUUUACUCUCUGGCGAUCUCUGACUUUUGACCUUAUGCUGCUGCAGCUACAGUAAGUUCAGACAUAGAUUCCUAUGUUUCCCCCCCGAGGCUCAAGCAACCUCUCCUCCUCUCCUACGCACCCUCCUCCCUAUAUUUUUAAGAAAUGUUGUUAGAAUUAUUUAUGACAUGUAACAAGGAUGAUGCAGGCUGUCCCAUUUGCUAAAAUUGUUGUUAUUGAAUUAUUAUUAUUAUUAUUAUUAUUAUUAUUAUUAUUAUUAUGUUGUGUAAAUAGCAACGCAUCUAAGAACACUGAUGAAUUUAGAUGAGUUUUUAAAAAGAAAAUCCUGAUACCUUAGGCUGCUUGAUGCAAAAAUACCUCAGGUUCUAUUGAAAGGCUUUUCCUUCCCCUGUACAUGUUUUGUGAAAAUGAGACAAAAAUACAGACAUGACAAAAUACAAA